CCCUCUCUCCACCUCUCACCCAAACACUAUCAUAUCGCGUCGUGUGUACCGUGUGUACAUCUACAUCCACACAACCUCAACAGAAAAACAUAACAGAACAGAGAACAACAGGGGGAGGAAAUCCCUAGAGCAUCGCGCAUUUCAGCCAUGGAGGAAUAGUGUGUGGGCCAGUGUAUUGGCUGAUUUUGUUAACAACUUCUUCUCUCCCAGUGAGUCCGAAAUGAGUCCAGUAUAACAUGAUGUCGACAAUAAUGGCUGUUUCGGGUGGUCCUCAGACAGGGGGCAGUAGUGGUUCUCCUGUUAAAGAGAGAGAACAGUUGAUGGCAGAUCUACAUGAUGCUGUUAAAAAAUGCCAAGUCCGAUUUGGUGGCAGAGCUGAGCUAGCUACUGAAUCAGAUCCUCACGUUGCAACAUUAUGUUGUCGCUUAGAAGCUGCACUCUCCCAUGGACUGCGAGCCAAACCAUUGAACAAAUCUAGCUCUACUCUCAAGCAAAUGACAGAGAUUGUAUCAACAAGCUUAAUGCUAAGUAGAUCUGAUGGAACAAACCAUUUAUCAUUUUGGCAUUAUGUAGCUGAACACCUUACAAAACAUGAAUAUGAACGAUAUCUUCUUCUAAAACAGGUAUGGACAGACACAGGAAGGGGCCGAGCUUGGCUGAGGUCAUCUUUAAAUGAACAUUCGUUAGAGCGAUAUCUACACUGCUUGCUUGCAAGUCCUCAACAAAUUACGCAGUAUUAUGAAGAGUGGGCAUUAUUGUUAGAUCAAGAACUUUCAAGCAAUUUACCAAUAAUGGCCAGAGGAUUGGGACCCAUUUUGUUUGCAAUCAGUAUUGAUAAAAUUGAAUUAAAUCAAUGGGGUAAGGGUACAAAUAGUGGUAGUCUAUCCUCUGGGGAUCUAUCUCUGUCAAGAUCUGAACCCAUAAUAAUUGCAGAUGCUCAAACAGACAAUAGUAGUUCUGGAAGUGGAAGUAUGGGAAGCAGUGGGACACGGAAGAAAAAUGACAGUCGUCGAAGGAGGAAAGGCCCUGUCAAUAUUAUCUCUUUUGAUGGUGAUGAUGUUCCAAUAAGCAUUCGAGGAGCUUCUCGGCCAUUUGAUGUCAGCAGUGCUCCCCCAACCUGCCUUAGCUCACCUGUUGCAAUUCCUGUAAUGUUAAAUGAUCAAAGAAAUACUAACUCAUCUCUAGAUAAUGCAGCUGCUACAAAAUCCAUGGAGAAGACACAUCCUGAAAAAUCAUGUGUACAAGAAGAACCGACUAAGGAUCAGAGCAAUUUAGGAGAUUCAAUUUCAGUCCCUGUUUCAAGUUCUUGCCCUCCCAUUGUUACUGUAGAAAUACAGGCAUCAGAUGAUGAAGGUUGUGCUGACAGUACAAUGAAAGCCAAGUCAGGGCACCAAUCAAGGAUUACCCAAAUGCAGACAUUGACUCCUGUUAACAAUUUAAGUGUUGGAGAACUUAUACCAGUUUCAGUGAAUGAAGAAGCGCAUUCAGAAGAGGAUUCCCUCUCUGUACCAAGCUACUCAGAGGAUACGGACUGUGCUGCAGCAGCUCUUAUUGCCACUCAAAAGUUGUUGCAGAGCACAACUUUGGAUUACAAUCCCCCAGAGCAGCCAUCAAGUAGUGCUCGUACAAAAAGCAAAGUAGAAUUACCUGCUCAUGUCAAUGGUGAAGUUCGUGAUGCACUUCUUGCUGUAUUGACAAGAAAAGAGGAACUGCAAAAAGAAAAUCGGCAACUUAAAAAAGCUCUAGAGGAAAGUCAAGAAAAGAUAAAUACAUUGCAAGCAGAGAUUGCAGAAGCAUCGAGGGUUCAUUCCGAAAAAAAUGAGCGAGUGGAAAGUCGUUUACAUGCAUUAAAUAGAGAAAAUGAAUUACUAAAACAUCAGCUCAGAAAAUAUGUUGGAGCUGUUCAAAUGUUGAGGAGGGAUGGAGCCCAGGCUCAUGAGAUGUUGAGUCAAUUAGCUGGAGGCCAAUUAGUUGGGGAUCCUCCUGAUUACCACACUGAAGCUCGAGAAUAUGAAAAAAAAUUAAUUCAGGUUGCUGAAAUGCAUGGUGAGUUGAUGGAGUUCAAUGAAAGGUUGCACCGUGCUCUGCAGACCAAAGAGAGUAUGUUGCGAAGACUCCGUGAUGAACUUGUUGAUUUACGUGGUCCAUUGCCUGAUGAACCAGCAACAUCGGAUGAUGAUGCGCAUAGUGUGACAAGUGACUAUGAUGGAGGUUCUAUAUGUACUGCAGCUCGUGCUUUAGUUAAUAUAUGGGUGCCAUCAGCAUUCUUGACCGGGGGCUCUUCAGAUGUACAUCAUGUCUACCAGGUUUUCAUACGUAUUAGAGAUGAUGAGUGGAAUAUUUAUCGACGCUAUGCUCAGUUUUACUCCCUUCAUAAAGAUCUGAAAAAACAAGAUGCAGUUGUUGGAACUUUUGAUUUUCCGCCAAAAAAAGCUUUGGGAAAUAAGGACGCUCGUUUUGUAGAGGAACGUCGAAAAAGAUUGCAACAUUAUCUUAGAUGUGUAAUGAAUCAUUUAAUUCAGACUAAUUCUGAGCUGGCGUCUGCUCCUGAUAAAGAGCUUCUGGUGCACAUGAUUCCAUUUUUUGGGGAAAUGGGAAGUGGAAAUGAUGAUAGAACGCGCAGGAAACGUGCAAGCUCUCGCAACCCAUUCACAAGGCUCACAAGGAUUAAUCCUGACACACAGGCUGGUAGUUCGACUCCUCAGUACACUGGCCUGUGACACCAGCAUUUGUUCAAUUAGUAUUGCUCAAGGACCAUAUUCCGUCCCACACAUCUUCUUUGCUAAAGAAAAUAUAACGGGCCAUUAUCAGUAAAGUUACAACUUUGGUUCAACUGAGGGAAUGUGUAGUAUUCUAAAAGAACAAAUACUGUAGAUAUUUUUCUUCUUACUGAUUUCAUGCAUGAAAUGUUGAGUUGAGGUUGGUCUUGGCCCUUAAUUUGGUUUUAUGUUGUUCAGUGAUGCCCAGAAAGGUUGGUGAAGUUUUUCUUUAUUUUUUCUUUUCUAUCUUUCAUGGUUUGCAGUAGACCAUGACCAAUAACCAGGAAGGAAAGAUAUUGUUGAAAAUUGUAGGAACCACUAUUUUUUUCAGUAUAAACAACUGUUUUCUGAAGAGUGUUGAGCUGGGGUUUCACCUUAAAUACUCACUCAUAAUUGAUUGAAAAUAGGCCGUGCUUUUUGGGGGGGUUCUUUUGGUCAAUUGUGCUACAGUUUGUGGUGUGCCUUGUGAUAGAAAGUGCCAAUUCCAAACGUAAAUGUUGUAUCUUUAGUCAUGUCACGUUUCUCCUGAAAGCUAUAAACUAUUGUGUUCAUGAUUUGUUCAUGUAUUAAAUAGUAGCAAUUAUUUUAUUACUGUGCAGGCUUUACCCUGUAAACUCAUUUUUGCUGUUGUUAUUGUUAUUGUUGUUGUUGUUACUUAUUGUGAAUACCUCCCCAUGGUUUUGAAAAUCUCUCUGUUUUAAAAUAUUAAGUUUGCUGUACAUGUGUUUGUGCAUGUGUGUGUGUGUGUGUUAUGUGUGAGUUAGUGUUAAUGUAAAUGUUCUGAAUUAUUGUGGAAGUAGUUUAUUAAUUUCACUUUUGUAUGAAAUACUCUGUAAGUCAAUUUAGAAGUCAUGUAUUGUGAAGGACUUAUACCAAGUUUUUGAUGGAGAAUUUUUAGUUUAAGUAUUAUCUUGUGAUUUUAUGGUUUCUGAAAUUGCUCUAGUUCAAAAAUUAAGUUAGAAGAUACUUCAAAAACAUUCAAUGAUUUUUCUGCCUAAUCUCAAAUCUUAUAUUUCAACCAAAUCAUUUUCCAUGUGAUCUUUAUUUUUAUAAUUUUAAUUACCCUCUAAAAUUAUUUGUGUUUUGUAGUAAGUCACACCCCCUUCACAUUAUUGUUUUAGUGAAAUUACACUGAGUUAUAUUCUAGACCAUUAAUAUGUACUAAUGCUCCUGUUUGCAUUAUAAAUUGCCUUGUUGGCUCACAAUGCAUUCCAAAGAUAACAAUAUGUACUAAAUGUAAGUGCCAAUGUGAAUGAAUUAAUUUUAUUCCAUCAGACCUCUCAUUUCAGCUACCCCAUGCUAAUUAGGUGAUGAAUCCAAGGGUUACUUUUGUGAUAUGUUAAAUUAAGAAUGUUUGAAUGUAUGCAAACUGCGCUAAAACAGUUUUUAAAAAUGCAUGAAUAUAAUGAAACUUAUGACUCAGAUGGCACGGAGUAAAAUUUCUAGUUAUUAUCUUUGCUUUUACUGUACCACUUUUGUUUUUUGGAAGCAGCUGGAUGUUGUGAAUCAGUUCUCAAUAAACAAAAUAAAUAAAUUA